UAGGAAGUCACGGAGAUUGACCGAAAACAGUCCCUGUCGUAUCAGGAAGGUAAAAAUAGUCAAAUUUGUCAUCGGCAUAUCACUUGAGGUGGUUACAGCGACUGUCAGACAUCUAGUUUCACUGCAAGAGGACAUAACUCCUGCCAUGGCUGAGCUCGCCGUUCAUAAGAGACAUGAUCAGCCUUUUUCGGGAGUGACAACCAGUCAGCCCUAUUCUUCUCAUGCAUCUCCGCAUCACCCGCAUCACCCGCCACAUAACUGGAAGCCCCAUGGGGCGCCUAUGCAACAGCAGAUGAACACUAACACCAACAUCGUCAUCAACAACCAAACUGUCGCCACUGGGCGCCCUGCACAGCGAGCUUGGAGCCACGGUCUGUUUGGCUGUUUCUCUGACAUCAGCAGUUGCUUGAUGGCGUUGUUCUGCCCAUGUUGCCUCCAAUGCGGUAUCCUCCAAGACAUGGGCGAGUCCUGCUGCUCUUCUUGUCUCUACGUGUCCCUGUGUAGCCCGAUAACACUCUUUGGCCUCAGAGCUCUCAUGAGAGGCAAGGAAAACAUCCAGGGCACUUUAUACAAUGACCUCUGCUUGACCGCAGGCUGCCUUUCUCCAUGCUGUCACUGCUGUGCCUUGGCCCAGCUUGCACAUGAGGUCAAGAUUGUGAAGAAUGUCAAAGGUUAUGUGUAACGUCUCCAAGGUCAACAAGAAAGCAGUUAUAAAAUAACUUUUGAUGAAGAUGCUGUUUUAAGAACAUAGGCGAAUUCAAAAAAAUAUAAGAAAAUGUUUGUAUAAAAAAUAUAGUCAUAUUUAUGUGAUAAAUUUACAUAUAUAUUUAUAUAUCAAAUUUU